AUGCAGUCGACAGCGCAAGAUUCCCUUCGGUCUCUGCCUGCAGAGGCUGUCGCCGGGGUCUCUGGGAAGGGCGGUGCGUCGAUCCCCGGUGGGCAGUCUGAGACGAGAAUGGUGUUCGUCGGAAACAAAGACAUCUAUCGGGUGCCCUCGAACGCCAUGAUUCCCGAGAUGUCAUGCCCGGCUUACAUGGAGUACGACGCGGCAGGAAACCCGAUUCUGAUUCCAGUGAAACCCGAGGAUUUAGAGAAAGCCAAGGCCGCAGCGGGAGGCAUGCAAAUGCAACCAGAAAUCACAGGAACGACAGAUGUCGGCGCGGAGGAGGACGGCAACGUAGAAGACUUCGCAGCCGCGGAGAGGAAGGGUUCUCACCCCACCGGAACUCAGCAGUCCGAGUCAGUCCCUGCCGCUGAGGAGAGUCUGGAGGAGGCCGAAGUGGACUUGGCGCCGCGCGUUCUGGAGGAGCGAGAACAAGUUCUUGACGAGCACAUUGUUUCGUUUUACUCCAUGCCUUCGCACUCGACUAUCGCCAUUUCACUGUCGGAGGACGCGUCUUACCCUCAGCCCUUGGCGAGCUUCCUGCCGGCUUCGCCGUUCAUUACCUCUGACGGAAAGGUUGCAGUCGACGUCUACGCGGUUAAGGCCGACAUGACUGAACCGAAGGAACUGGAAAGCCUCCCCAAGUACACGAGCAUGCAGCAAGGGCUCGAACGACGAAACACUCUGUUGCGCAGCUUGCACGAACCGACAGCGAUUGAAUUGUUCUAG